AUGGAGCCUGCUCAGAAGAGAAUUUGUAAUGGCGGCCGCAACCCAGAAAAAAAACCACCACAAUCACCACCACCACCACCACCACUAGAUAGACUCAGUGACCUCCCUGAUUGUCUUCUAGUACACAUCCUGAAUGAACUCCCCAUCGAAAACGCUGUCGCCACCUCGAUCCUUUCCAGUCGUUGGCUCAACCUCUGGACUCUCAUGACUAAAAUAACUUAUCCACCUUAUCAUCCCAACUUCCACCCCUUUCAUUACUACUACACCACCCUUAAUCACCUUUUUUCCCAACUCGUUUCCCCGAAAAUCGACACAUUUCACAUUGAUUUCGAUUUCCACCAGUCUUACAACCUGCUGGAUGAAGGCGACAUAGCAACUGACAGGGAGUACCACAGUUUCCUGCUCCCUUUGCUCGAACAUGUCUGUAGCCGAAACCCUGAGAUGAUCAAGGUAGACUUCCGUACCUAUUCUUGGAAAUCUACCAAUGUAUUCAAUAUGGCUACUUGUGUUUUUAACUGUGAAUCGCUUGUUAGCCUGAGAUUAUAUCUUGAUUUUGAGUUUGAUAAUUUAUCUGCUGAUAAGUUACCGCUCAUUAAUCUGCCUAAUUUGAAAAAGCUAUGUAUGAAUCUGCGCGAUCUAAAUCGUGUUUUGAUGGGUGUGCUGUUUAAGUGUCUUCCUCUAUUGGAAGAAUUAAAGUUGGUUCUAGAGUUGAUCGAGCCUGAUCACUUAAUUAAUAUAUCCGCCCCUAAUUUGAGGCGGUUAUCUAUAAAGUUAGAUGAAAAUGAAGAGGAUGUUUUAACUGAGAAUUGCAAGUUUGUAAUUGAUGCCCCUAAUUUGCAAACCUUAGCAAUAGAAGGUAUAUUGGCAUUUUAUAAAUUUGUUAGUAUUCCAUCUGGAUUAAGUGAUGUGAUGAUUUCGAUUGAAGAGAGUUGUUUUAAUGAUAGCCAACUCCGUACUUAUACUAGACAAGUAAUGGGGUUGCUUCGAGGGAUUUACUGUGCUAAAACCAUUGUCUUGGACGAAUGUGGUUGUCAUCUUGUGUAUUGCAUUUAUAUGUUGGAAAAAAUUAAUCUGAAUGGAUUUCGCCCUCCAAUAUUCCAUAAUUUGUGCGAUCUUAGCUUUAUUAUAAAAUUCGAGGGGAAUAGAUUUCCGAGUUGUCUCUUAGCCAACCUUAGGAGGCUAGUGAUAGAGGGUGUCGAGUGCUACGACCUUGAGAUCAAGUUGGUCGAGUACAUCUUGGCUCAUGCUCCGGUGAUGGAGGAGAUACAAUUAUCGGUUAAUCCAGAUGACAGUGUUAGUGGAUCUGUAAUAGAUGUGGAUUUACUUGCGGAAGAGUAUGAAUACUGUCAGAAAAUGUUCAAGCUUCCAAAGAGAUCGCCGGAUUGUCUGAUUGAUUUCUACGGUCUGGUGAUUCAGACUUCAAGUGAAGACGUAAAAGAGGAUGGUGAACUUAACUACACAUUCGUGGAAUGA